CCCCGAUCUUCUCGGUCACGGCCGCCCGUGCUCGGCCAUCGCCUCAUCGACACUCGCCCGCGGCCACACGACACCCUUGUCCGCACAACCGGUUGGGGGUGCUGGCGGCUUCUCGGCGUCCAUGCUUCCUCCACCGCCGCCCGACCCUCGCGCGGGAUACGGCGUGGAGUCUCCCAGCGUCGUGCCGGCGCCCGAUCGCCACAUGAGUCUCGGAACCCCUUCCCGGAGGCCCCUCCGGCCACGGCGAUGGUCCGACAUUUCGCCCGAGCCGUCGCCGCUUCUCCAAUCCGCACAAGGGGAAAGGCACGGCGAGCACCAGCACCACCGCGCUCGUGACGAGAGCAGGGGAUCCGAAGCACCGCCGUCGUCCUCCAAGCGAUGCCGGCUGGAAGGCCGACGCGAGGGCUCUUCAAUCGGCGGCAGGCGCUGGUCUGAUGAUGAGGAUGCGGGUGCUGGAAGCAGAGGCCAAUAUAAUCAUGAGCUGGCCUACCCAUCAAGCUGUCAUAGAGCGCACCGCCAUCUUGGCAGUAACAAGAGGACCUUCAGUCCACGCCACCAUGGCGAAAGAAGCUCAAGUGUCCAACACCACCCGUCGCCAAGAGGGAAGCCACAAUUGCCAUUGCCCAUAGAAAUGUCUCCAUGGGAUGAUGGCUAUACGAGCCCGUCAAGUCCAAGAUGCAGUUAUGCCCGUGAGGUUGAACAAUAUAGACAGCAGAGAGGUUUACAUGAUGAUGACCAGGAUGUGACCCUAGAUUGCCUUUAUUCAGCACCUGGUUCCUCUGAUGGUUCAGGUAUCUUUGGAAGGGAACCCAGUUUCAAAUAUGAAGAUCCUGUCCUCAACACUGAAAGCAAAGAUUUUGCAUAUGAUGCAUUGGUAGAUGAUUAUAUGGAUGCUGUGGCGAAAACUUGGCGUAAUGCUAAUCCUAAUUUAAAAGUGGAUAAAGAUGCUCACGAGAAGCAAACGAUUCGAUUUGCUGAACUCGCUCUGAAGCGUUACAACAAAAACAAAAACAACAAGGUUAAAUAUGCUCUUGUUGAGGCAAUCGAUGGUGGUGCUAUUUGGGAGGACUCUGAAAUCUACGCCCAUGUGAACUUCUAUGCCAAGGCUAAGAAUGGCCCAAAGAAGCAUGAUGGGAAGGUACUUGUGUUUGCGGAGUUGCAUCAGGUUGGCCGGCGUCUCAAUGCUAUGGUUCUUACUUGCUUCCGCUUCCUGGAUGAAAGCAACCAACUAUGUGGACGUUAUGAUCAGCCUCGAAACUCUCUUAUCAUGCAAAAUCAGGAUCCGGGGCACUGCUAUGCAUGUACCGACAUAAUCAAGCAUCCUGAUGGAUCGUGCUACAAGGCUGGACAUAUUGUCUGCACGUUGUAUUAUCUUGACAACUACACCGUUGUUUGAACGCAAAUGCACUGAGUUUUGUAACUAUUUGGCAUACAGUCUGUCAAAUGUUCUCGCAAUUAAACUGUAACUACACCGUUGUUUGAAUGCAAAUGCACUGAGUUUUGUAGCGUCUAAAUGCACAUUUUUUGGGUACCAAUGUGCUUCCUGGAGUCAGACUGGAUGACUUGU